AUGACUUCCCGUAAGAGACACCGGCCCCCAGACCUCGCUGCAACAGCCCCGUCCUCGUCCACAACUCGCUCCCGCCCUUCCCCUUCUUUCGCUACUGUCCAUGUUCCUCUUCCGCCAAUCUUACCGCCACCCUCUUCUUCCAACCAUCAGCAAACCUCACUUCAGCCCCCGCCUCCUUCUCCUACACACGCCUCUCGUCCUCACGAUAAGCCUCCUCUUAUCUCCCAGCAACAGAAGGACGCCCUUCACCAAGCCUCCACUCCGCCAGCAAUCCCUUCUGCCACCUGGGAUGCUGUCCUUGAGUGGGAUUGGCCCGCUUUCUUCAGCCCGGUGGUUUCUCCCGGUCCCAUCAUCCGCCGCAUCCCUCCUCGCAUUCGCCUUCUUGUGCUUGACGCCAUGCUUAUCCCCCUUCGUCGGCUUGCACAGCAUCCCUCUGACACUGCUGCGCAUCUUAUCCUGCUUGCGUUUCCGCGCCUCGUCCUCCGCCUAACUGCAGCUACCCCUUCGCAAUCGCUUACCGCAGCAUGUGCCCUUCUUGCUCAGCGCUUCAUCAGUGGGGACUGGCAUGCGCUUUUCCUUGAAGCCUCUGCCGCUGCCACCCCUGCUGCUCGCCCUCUCAACCUUGCUUCAGCACGCUCCACAGCCACGCAGGCUCGCCUCCAUCGUGCCGCGCGAUUUGCUAAGUGCGGCGACUGGUCUCGCUCCCUGGCAGCAUUGGAAGCCGGCGAGUUCGCACCCCCCUCCUCGGAAACCAUCUCCUCUCUCUCUUCCAAGCAUCCACCAGCUCCGCAGCCUCUUCCUCAUUGGAUAUCCACCUUCACCCCAGACUCUUACCCACAGCUUUCAGCCCCGCUCCUCCACCUGGCUCUUCGAUCAGCCCCACGGGGUACCGCGGCUGGCCCUUCGGGUUGCCUCUUCUACUCCUCCCCGUCUCCCCUUCACUACCGCAACGGCCCCACCCUCCAUACAUUCGAGUCCGCCUCGGGUGUGCGCCAGGGGGACCCCUGCGGUCCCUUUCUCUACGCCCUCACCCAGCAGCUUGCCAUUCUUCCCACACAAAACCAGUUCCCAUCCAUCUUCAUCUCCUCUUAUGCUGACGACACCUUCCUCGUUGGCCCUCCUUCAAUCAUCACCACUGCCUUCACAGCCCUGACCGACCGCCUUCAUUCCUUGGGCCUUACAGUCCAACCCUCGAAGUGUUCCAUCUGGUGCCCUCUUGACUGGCCUCAGGGCUGCGCAACUCCUUCGGGUGUACCUAUCGCUCCCAACGGCCUCAACGUUGCGGGGGUCCCGAUUGGCUCGGACGGCUACAUCAUCUCCACAGUACAGGAGAAGCUCGCCUCAUUUACUACCUCUCUUCCUCUUCUUCACCAGCUUCAUGACCCUCAGACUGCCUCCCGCAUCCUCUCCCAGUGCGUCUCAGCCCGUCCUUCCUUCCUCCUCCGGACUGUAUCGCCAUUCCCAGAGAUUCAUGACCUCUUCAGCUCUUGGGAUUCUACCCUCUUGGACCAUUUCACCCAGCUUUUUGGCCCCGGUUAUUGGAUCCCAGACACGGAACAGACAAAAACAGCGCAGCAGCAAGUCUUUCUUCCAGUUCGCCUUGGGGGCUUUGGCCUUCGUUCCUCCGCCUCUACAGCACCUCUUAGUUACCUCUGCAGUUGGGCCCAGUCGCUUCCACUACUGUCCACUCACUUCAUCACUGACGGCUCACCACUUUUCCGCCCCUUUCUCUCAUCUGACACCAUUCAUCGCCUCGACGAGUUCAUUCCAGCUGCUACUGCCAUGCUCCCAAAAGAAGUUCGUGACCGUUUCCCUUCCUGGUCCCACCUCCUACCCGGCUAUCCCCCCAAACUUUUCACUCAUCUCUCACAGCAGCUUGAGGCUUCUUUGCUCGAAAAAGUCCGCUCGUCUGUCACUUCCCCACUUCGCCUGGCCCGUUUAACCUCCCUGCAGGGCCCGCAUGCGGGGGAUUGGCUUACUGCGGCUCCUUCUUCGCCUCAGUUGCAGCUCACUGAAUCCGAAUGGCGCAUCGCUGCUGCUAUCCGCCUUGGCCUCCCCAUUCCUCACCUUAGCUCCGCUGAAACUUGCGCCUGUGGACAUCCUUUCUCUGACUCCUCCCUCCCAUCCCAUGCCCUACGCUGCCCCAAGAACAACGAGCCUACCAGAGUGCAUGACGCCAUCAAACACGAACUGCACCGCAUUAUCUUGGAGCUUGGUCUCGUGUCGCAGUUGGAAGACCACCACCUCCUUCCAGGCCGCCGACCUGACAUCACCUGCAGGGACCUCCAAUCCGGCACCACCUUGGCUUUGGACGUUUCGGUAGCCGACUCGCAGCACGGCUUCCCCCACUCCAAUGCUGCCACCGUCAUUGGGUCAGCCGCAGCUACACGCGAGACUGAGAAGGCAACUCUGUACGCACCAUCCCUGCACGCCCGUCCCGACGUCAAGUUACUUCCACUGGCGCUUGAGACUUUCGGCAGCACGGCGCAUCUGAGUUACCGGGGGAAGGGGCUGCGGGAUUAUGUGCGCAUGGCGCGCGUUGUCGUGGACGCGUACAGGCUCGGGGAGAAAGACGUGCGAUGGUACGUGAUGGGCGACGACGACACCUUCUUCAGCCCGCACGCGCUAGCGGCCUUUCUACAGCAGUACGACCACCGCGCGCUGCUCUACCUCGGGUCCGCCUCCGAGACGCACAUGCAGAACGUCGAGUUCACGCGCUCCAUGGGGUUUGGCGGCGCGGGCUUCGCCGUGUCCGCGGCGCUGGCGAAAGCGCUGAGCGCGGGGGACGGCAUGGACCCGUGCCUGGAGAGGCACACGAAGCUGCGGGGGAGCGACGAGCGCGUGGCUGCUUGCAUCGGCGAAUUAGGGGUGUCUCUCACUGUGGCCCCCGGCUUUCACCAGUGCGACCUGCACCACAGUCUAUUCGGGCUGCUCAUGUCGCACCCGGCUCAGCCUCUCCUCUCCCUCCACCAUUUUGACAUAAUGGACCCGAUUCUAAAACCCGUUGGGAUUGAGAACCGCGCGCAGGGGCUUGCCACGCUGGUAAAGCGGAUAAGGCCUGAUCCGGUGGGGUUUGCACAGCUGGCGGUGUGCGGGGACGGAGCCAAUUGGACAGCAGCCAUCUCGUGGGGUUUCGCAAUCAAGAUCUACCGUGGGGUGCGAGAGCUGUCGGAGCUGGAGCGGGCAGAGCGCACGUUUGAGUCGUUCCGGUGGCACAAGCGCGGCCCUGCGUUCACUUUUGACACACGCCGCUCGGAGCCCAAUGCCCCGACACACAAACCAUGUGCACUGCCUUUCACCCUGUAUGCCACUCACGUGGGCUCAUUGCAACGUCCCUUCAACGGCACACACCUUUUCAACGGCACACGCCCUUUCAACGCUUCUGACCAGAAGGACCAAUGCGGCUAG